AGGCGUGGCGGCCGGCAACUUGGAGGCUUUGCUGCGGCCACACUAGCAUGGAUCUUUUGUAGCGUCUCCAUGAAUCUCCCUCAAUGGCGAGUGUGGUGUUUCGAAGAACCCAUGGAGUCCAAACCCAGCUUGACCUUAGUAGGAAUGUGGAGAACCUGUGUGUACCACAGGGAAAACAAUUCUGAAUUUUUAAGAGUGUGUUACCAAUAUACCUACCAGGACACCUUCAUUCCUUUGAAUAUCCGUGUUGCUCAACACCUACUACUGAUCUCCAGCAUUCUCGGCUUGAUUGCUACGAUUUCUGUCAUUGUUGCACUUUGGAAAUUGUACACAGGAAGACUCCGGAAGAAAAUCACUCACAAUCCAUUCUUCGUCCCCGGGAUUCUGAAUAUCAUUGCUAGCGUCUUAGUCUUCAUUUCCACCCUGUAUAAUUAUUUAUCCAUCAUUCGCAAGGAUGGAAUUGCUUUCCCCCCAUAUUUCCACAUACCCAACAUCCCAGAUAACCAGAAAGUUGGUACUGCCCUGGCAAUGGCAACUCUUUCUUCAUUCUUAUUUUUAGUGGGUGGCACAAUCUCCAUUUCUUUCACUCUUCCCGAACGUUCCCGACCUCAGUCUUCUAUCUAAAAUAAAUUGCCAACUUACAUCAACUUGAAAAUCCAAAAUUAAAAGAAGUAAUCACAAGUAUUCUACAGACAACUACAUAAAAUUUCCAAUUUCAG